AUUAAAUACACUUCAGAGUGUUAUACCUGUGUGCAGGAGCAGCUUGAAAGGUAACAUAAGGCAGAGAAAGAGAGUGAGAGCAGUUAGAAAAAUAGCACAAAGAUUGAAGGGAAGAAACUUUGAGUGCUUGCCAGAAAGUUUUUUAUUUUGUUUGUCUUGAGUGUGUUGGUGGCACUAUAGCAUGUUUAGGAAACCUGCUCUCUCCACAAUCUCUAAUGGAAGCUCUUUGCAGGGGCAAUCUAUUGGCAGGUUGCCCUCUCUGGACAGUAAAGAGCCAGCCCAAGAAGAAAAAGUGGUGCUGAAGAAGAAAGUAACUUUUUUGAGAGGGGUAUCCAUUAUAAUUGGCACUAUCAUUGGAGCAGGAAUCUUCAUCUCGCCCAAAGGGAUCCUAAAGAACACAGGCAGUGUGGGAAUGUCCUUGAUUCUCUGGACAGUGUGUGGUAUCCUCUCACUGUUUGGUGCACUGUGCUAUGCUGAACUGGGAACGUGUAUCAAGAAAUCCGGUGGCCACUACACUUACAUCCUGGAGGCAUUUGGCCCAUUACCGGCUUUUGUUAGAGUCUGGGUGGAACUGCUUAUAAUACGCCCUGCUGCCACAGCAGUGAUAUCCUUGGCAUUUGGACGCUAUAUUUUGGAACCAUUUUUUAUCCAAUGUGAAAUUCCAGACCUAGCAAUCAAGCUUAUUACAGCUGUUGGCAUCACAGUGGUCAUGGUCCUGAAUAGCAUGAGUGUCAGUUGGAGUGCUCGCAUCCAGAUUUUCCUUACCUUUUGCAAGCUCGUAGCAAUUUUGAUAAUUAUAGUCCCUGGAGUUAUGCAGCUAAUUAAAGGAGAAACACAGCACUUUAAAGAUGCAUUUGCAGGGAAUGAUGCCAGUGUUAUGGGAUUACCUCUUGCUUUUUAUUCAGGAAUGUAUGCCUAUUCAGGCUGGUUUUACCUCAAUUUUGUUACUGAAGAAGUGGAAAAUCCUGAGAAAAACAUACCGCUCGCAAUAUGCGUUUCAAUGGUUAUUGUCACAGUUGGCUAUGUGUUAACAAAUGUGGCUUAUUUCACUACAAUCAGCCCUGAGGAACUGCUAAAUUCAAAGGCCGUGGCAGUGACCUUUGCUGAACGAUUAAUGGGAAAUUUUUCAUUAGCCGUUCCAAUAUUUGUUGCCCUUUCCUGCUUUGGCUCUAUGAAUGGUGGCAUCUUUGCAGUUUCCAGGAUGUUCUACGUUGCAUCCCGUGAGGGUCACCUUCCAGAAAUUCUCUCCAUGAUUCAUGUCCGCAAGCACACUCCUCUGCCAGCUGUCAUUGUUUUGCACCCUCUAACAAUGAUAAUGCUCUUCACUGGGGAUCUGUACAGCCUCCUGAACUUCCUCAGUUUUGCCAGGUGGCUUUUUAUUGGACUGGUAGUUAUUGGGCUGAUUUAUCUCAGAUAUAAACGUCCCGAUAUGCCUCGUCCUUUCAAGGUGCCGCUAUUUAUUCCAGCUUUGUUUUCCUUCACCUGCCUCUUCAUGGUUGCACUGUCACUUUACUCUGAUCCUGUCAAUACAGGAAUAGGCUUUGCAAUAACCCUGACUGGUGUCCCCGCCUACUACCUCUUUAUCAUAUGGGACAAGAAGCCAAGAUGGUUCAGAAGGCUCUUAGACAGGGUAACUGAAACAUUGCAAAUCAUCCUGGAAGUUGUCCCCACGGAUGAUGGCUUGAAAUCGUGAUCACUUACCUCCUAAAGAAGCAGGUGUUGCCUGAGUGUCCCAUUUCAGCUUGGGUCAUUGGGGUGGGGAGGUUUUUUCCCCUCCCUGGAAGUUCAGAGAAUUACAAGAGCAAGUCACAGUUAAAAUGAA